AUGGUGAUGAUGAUGGCCACCCUGAAUCGUUAUGAAAAGAGAUUGAGAAUGUACCCUCAAUCUUUGAACAAGCCGCGGCAUUCUCAACGGAAUCCAUGGGUCGGCGGUGAACGCGACCAGCAGCCCCAGCGCAGUCGGCCGCAAUGCGCUCAAAAUGGCGACAAUGCAGGAAACCCCAUGAUGAGACGCACUGUUCAGUUUCUGGAGGGCUGUCCCACUCGUCCACUCCCCCUCCUUCCUCGAAUUGUGCUCCGCCCUGAGCAGCAUAUUUCCAACGGAGGGCGCGGCAGCCCAACCGGGCGCCCGUCAGGUCCUCCUCGCUCGCAGGCGCGCCCCCAGCCCCGCCUCACGGCCCCGCGCCGCCGCGCGCCCACCCGAUCCAGGCGCAGCUUCCCGCAUCCCGGGUAG